UGUGUAGACUGAAAUCUUCAGUCUGUAAACGCAAGAGUCUAGUGUCUAAUUUCAAAAUUUUAUAACCGGUGAGUGUUGUAUUUUUUUUUACAAAAUUCGUUGCUCCGGAGUCUAUUGACUACUAACAAGAUUGAAGAGCUACCUGUUUAGUAGGUUUGAUUUGUAUCUACACUACAGUGACAGCUCCACAGGAGACUGGACUUGGGUACAAGCCAGCUGAUAACAUGCUUCACAUUAAUUGCUGAAAGUAUGGCUGUGUACAGAGAUCGCUAUUUAUUAUUUAUACUACACCUGGUGUUCACUGCUGUAUACGGAGACCAAGGUACCAGUAAUGGCCGUCAUGAAAUACAUGGGUGUUACGCCAAGUUGUUCUUUCCGACCUGUACUGAUGGUACAAAAAUGGCUAUCUUCGAUCUGAAAUAUGGCGUGAAAACUCCAUCAGACGUUUGUCCAAGCCAGACCACGACCACUGUGGAUCAGCAUGUGUCGUGUUGUUCCUACAAACCAGGCGACUGUUUGGUCCCAAUGAUGGAAUACACUGACAUACACAGAUAUUAUGCUGCCUUUUCCGCCCAAACAGUACCACUUUAUCAACCGCAGUUAGGGUGGCGACGGAUCGUGGCCAACGACAACUGUACAGUCGAAAGAACGUUCUCUAAUUUUGUAUCUAUGGAUUACCGGUGUAUUGCAGAUGCUGCCACAAUCGACAUGACAACUGUUAACACACUGUCUGGUCAAUUCAUCUCCGCAAUGUACCCAUUAAUUGGAGGUGAGGAUGCACGUGAGGACAAUUUGUGUACGGUCACGAGUGGUCAGCCGGGACUGGUCAUCUAUGCGUUGGACAUACGCCUUGAAUGCUAUAUUGGAUACGAAAACGGCACAUGCAUAGGCAACCAUUCGUUAACCUUCAUGGAUGGAAAACAUAAUAAAACGUUUGUCAGUAAGGAGGACACCGUUCUAGGGCAGUAUCAAGUGAUCUUCAGCACAAUUGAGUCCAGUAUGAUGUUCAUAUUUCAGCGCGAUAACGGGUCUCGUCCGCAAAUGGUUUGGUUCGGGGUUCGAGGUAAGGAAAAUACCACGACAGUAACCGUUAGCUGCAACGAGCUUGAAGUGACCGCACCUGGGGUAUCGACCCGUCAGUCUACCAGGAGACCGUCACCAGCUGGCAACAACACGCAAACAGCAAACAACGAAACUGAUCACAUCAUGGCUAUAGUUGUAGGAGUAUCCAGUGGGUCUGUCUUUGUUUUCUUUGUCAUUGUUGUCUUUGUCUGCAGAUGGCGCAGAAACAGGUCUGACAAGCUGAAGGCAGAUGCUUUAAAUGACUAUAGGAGGAGAAUUAAGCACCAGAACAAUGAAAUGCAGCCGAGACAGGUACCAGGUGGUCAUCAGGCCAAACCCAAACAACAACAGCAGGGGAGAGUGAAAACCGAACAAAAAGAAAGUAACCAAGGGGCGACUGAUCACCAGAGGAGUAGAAAGUUAAACCUGAAUUCUCCAAAAGGUUUGGAACUGAGCAUGAAUGACCCCGUCUACCAUGACAUCACAAUUCCAAGUCGAGCACCACGACCAGAAACAGCAGACAAUAAUAAACACAAGCGUCAUCAGUAGAGCAAUCGUGGCAUUAUUUUAAUCACAACAAAGUGAUAUCAAACUUAUGACACUAGUGAUAAAGUUUAGGACGUCAUAGAGACAUCAUCUUUGGACAAUACAUUGAUACCUACAACAUAACAGUGCCUAUCAUUAGGGUGCUACAGUUGCAUCAUCUCUAAGAUGCCAAAGACAUCAACUUCUAGUUAUCGACAAUAUCCUGAUGUUAGGUUGACACUGUACACUGUGACAUCAUCUUUGAAGUCACAGUGGCAUCUUUAAGACACCAAAGCAACAUAAUAUCACCACAUUGACAUAAUAUCACUAAACUGACAUCAUCUUUGGGACACCAAAGUAGCAUUAACAGUGACAUCACUUUUUGUGUCUUUGGGUGAUAUUUUUCUUCAGCUUUGUAUUCAACAUUCCUCUUUAUCCUUUAUCUAUCCUGCAAUAAGCCCAGGGGGGCAUACAUAAUCUCUGACUGAAAGUAGGGGGGGCUUAUUACAGGACAAUGGAAAAGCUUUUGUUGGCAUUUCUUCCAAACAGCAAUAUAUAUUGGUGGGCUUAUUUCCAGAUAAAUACGGUAGUACUGGAGUAUGCUUCCUGAACAGGUAGCUAGUCAUUGCUGUAAGUUGAGGACAACUUAGUGUCAGCUAAGAGAAUGAUAAUUAAAUGUUUUAUCUGAACAUGUUGUGACAUGAGAGAAAUAAUAAAAAUAAUAUUAAAGUUCCUUUUUCAUUUACUUUUACUUGACAACGGAAAACAUUACAUUUUAUUGUUACAUCUUCAAAAAUUGUGUACACAAUAAAAAACAAAGAUAUCAAAAUAUCAUCAAAUAGUUUCAUUUAGUUAUCCAGUAAUCAUGAUUUUAUAAUUUUAAUAGGCAGUAAGGACCACCUUCAGAAUUUUCCUUUUCACACUCACAGACCGUAUUAGUGUUUAAUACUCUGAUUUACACAGAGUUAAGCAUUGAAGAUAACAUAAAUGAUGUAUAAAAUUCUUAAACAUGAAGUAUUGACUUAUUUUUUGUGGAAAUAUUCUUGCACCUUCUCAAAUAAUGAUAUAUUCUUAAGUGAAAAAUAACGUAUAACAUGUAGAUUACCAAGCAAAGUCUCGGUGACUUCUGAAUACAAUGCAACAAACAGUUUUAGUCUGCUUGACAAACACAA